ACGCCUGUUCCUGCGCCGGGGAGACCCCAGGAGAGAUGUGAGUGAGUAUUGCUCUCGCCUGAGUAGUGGCGGAAUGGCGGGUUUCAUUGAGAGACACCGAGGGAGGGCAGACAAGGUGCCCAAGGGUGCUGCCUUCUGUAUCAGCUGUGUACAAACUGGAGAAUCAUGUGUCCCCAUUUGUGCUUUUUGUGAGAACUGAAUGUGCUACCUCAUCUUGAGACUAUGGAUAGCAGAUGUUAUGGCUGCGCAUCAAAGUUCAAUGUCUUCAAGAAGCAGUGUGGAUGCAAGAACUGUGGCCGGUUAUUUUGCUCUGGGUGCCUUGGAUUCAGUGCCGUUGUUCCCCGUUGUGGAAACACGCAACAGAAGGUUUGCAAGCAGUGCCAUGGGGAAUUAACAGGUGAACCGUCAAAACCCAGCCCAGCUAAAUGGUCCCCACCACAGAAUUAUAAAAAACGCAUAGCAGCUCUUGAGACUAAACAGAGCCAGCCCCAGAGCCUUCAGAAGAGCUUGGUGAAAUCCCAAAGCCAAACAGACUCCAGAUACCAAGGGCUGUCCAAAGAGGACCGAGUUCUAGCAGAGAGAUUAGAAAGGCUCAAGAAGGAGACAAGGCCGAAGUCCAUUCCUUCCCAGGCUGAGAUAGAAUCUAGGCUGGCAGCACUGAAAAGUGAUCCUGCAAGACCUGUUCCAUCGGCCCAGGAAAUGGAAGACCGCCUGGCAGCCUUGCAGGGCAGAACACCUCCCUCCGCAGCUGUACAACCAGUGCAUCAGCUUUCUAACAACCGGACGCAAACUGAACAGUCAGAAGACCUAUUGAAUCAGAUGGCUGAGGAAGUUGCCAUUGAUGAGAAUGGCGGCUCAGGAAUUACACCUCAAGAAGUUAAGACACAGACUUUGAAUGAUUUAAAUCGGACCGACAGUAAUGCUGGCAUUAUAGAUCUGGAUCCCAAACAGCUGGAGGAAGAAAAGAACCGGCUUCUGGCAGAGGCUGCUUCUGAGUUGAGGGAGGAGAACACUAGGGCUGAGAAGCUUCUGGAGGUGGCCAAGCGACUAGCAGUACUCAGGGGCCAAGAUCCUGAGACAGUUAGCUUGGAUGACUACAAACUGCCCAACAGUGAUGAAGAAAUGGAAGAGGAGGAAGCCAUUCAGAGGGUUUUGAAACAGCUUACUGAGGAAGCUGCUUUGGAUGAAGCAAGUGGCUUCAACAUCUCCCCAGAUCGGUCCACUCCGCAGCAGAAACAAUCAAAGAAAACCAAUCAGGCCAAGGUUCCACCUGUUUCGAAACCUCCCAUCCUGCCUGCUAAAGUGCCAGACAGCGAUGAAGAAGAGUUGCCCUGGUGCUGUAUCUGCAAUGAAGAUGCUGUCUUGCGCUGCCAUGGCUGUGAUGGUGACCUCUAUUGCCAACGAUGUUUCAGGGAAAGCCAUGAUGAGUUUGAUCGGAAAGAGCAUCGAACAUCUAGCUAUCACCCUCCCCGUGAACACAAAUGAGCCAAAAGAUGAAUGGAGAAAAACGUAAAAAGAAAAGGUGUGAAAUAGGAGGAGGGUGAAAAAAGAAGAUUGACUAUUGCAACAGUGAUCUGGAAGCCUCUUAGACAGUGAAGAGCAGCUUCACAGAACUAAGAAGAUUGAAGGGCAAGCCAUUUUCACUAGUGAGAUCAAGACAGCUGCAGCAAAGAACAAUGGGACAUUGAAUAUAACUUGCCUUGUGAUUCACGUUAAGGUUAUGAAGAAUGGCAUGCUUAAGGUAGAGGGUUGUUCUUAAAAAGAUUAAUUUUGACGCAAGAAGAGUGAGACCUUUAUUACCCUUUUUCCUCUGCUUAGUUUUCAACAAAGCAAUUAAAUGUCAAUCUCACAGUUUAAAAGAACACUGUUACUUGAUUUUAUGGCACUUUUCAAAAAAUCGCGUAAUUCAUUCUUCACAAUAACAUGUUAUCCUGGUUCCCUUGGACUUUACAAUGAUGACUCAGUGUUCUUCUAGUUUGAGCUAGAACUUAUGCUAUCCACACUUAACAUACUCACUCCACUCUGUCCUUUCUUUGCUCGAGAACAUGGCAAAUGUUUUGCCUUUUCUGGGCAGAAAAGAAUGAUUGAAGAGGGGCAAAUGGAAUACUGAUUUGCUGGAUUAGUAUCUAUAAAAUGGUUUUAACUAGGUUCCCUCCAUACUAUACAAUUAUAGAAUGCACUUUAACUGCCAUAGCAACAUCCUAUGGAAUCAUGGUGUUUGGAGCUUGGUGAAAGAUAAAAGAUAUCCGGAAGGAUGUUUCUAAAUAACUCUCUCUAAACUGAAAAUUCCAGGAAUCCAUAGCAUGACCAUUAAAGUCAUAAUGGUCUAUAAUUGCAUAGUAUUACAGGGUGAUUGAUCAUAAAAUCUGAUAGUAAAUGUGGUUUUGUGUCUUCUUUUCCCCAUGUCAGUCGUUUGCUGAAACAAGAGCUUACCGUAAUUGUUUUUAACAUCUGGGCAUUUAAGAAGACCUGUUGAAAUUUAGGUUUAGGAAUAACGUCAUGCUUGGAAUAAAGCUGUUUUAUUUCAGAUGCAUGCUCCCCUCCUUCCACUGUCAAAUUUUGGUAGAAUGGUUCCUUCUGGAAAGUCAGUAGGCCUAGUCACAUAUCAAUAACUUGUGGUUUGUGUUGCUUCAGUCACAAAUUGCACCAUACAAACCAUGUCUAUCUUCCCAGUGUCUGGUUUGUUUCCUUCUCCACCAUUAUUGUCAACUUCUGCCAAGGUGGACAAUUAAGGAAACCAGGGAUAAAUUGCAGUUUCAGUUUUGAACAUCAUCACAAGCCAGAGUUUAAACAAGCCAGCAUUUAGCCAACAACAAUUUGUGGGCUCAGAUUGUGGUUUGUGGCUGGUUAACAAAGAACAGCUUUACAGCAGUAGAGGGUCAAGCACAUUUCAGCAGACACUAGCUUGUUUCAGGUCCAAAUGCAAUCAUCAGACAAGUGUUUUUCCCAAUGUCUUUUUAUUAGAAUUAGCCACAUUUCUGCUUUGUUUUCUCCUGUCAGCCAUGUAAAGGGCCAGACCAAUGUUUUGGCACCUAAAACAGAAAACUCAAAUGAUGGCCUCACUGUGAGUAAACAGAUUAUAACAGAGUUUAUUGAUUGGCUUGAACUGGUGCCCUAAAUCUAGCACAUUGUUUUUCUUUAAUGUAAGCUCAGCCUUGUACUCAUGGGCCAAGUUCAUGUCUUAACUGAGGACUAGUAAAGUCAUCGAAAUAGAAUUUCUUCUAGAUCUAUAUGAACAGGUUCCUUAGCAAUGUUGUCACCUCUGGUCUAAGCAGUAUUAUAAGCAUUAAUGAUUUUGUCCUAGAACUCCCCAAAUCUUCCAGCCACUGUGGCCUUCAGCACCACAUUGUAUCUGUCACCCCAAUGUGAUAAAUUCUGUUUUAAGCCAUGUGCACUGAUCACUGUAAAAAUAUAAAUAAAUUAAACUAAAAUGAAAUGACUCAAUCAAUUUAAAGGGUUGUAGGGAUUUUUGCAAAACAAAAAAUUACACUUGCUGAUAUUCUUUUUGCAAUCACAGUACUGUUUUAGAUGAAAAUUUUGUCCUUUACACAUGUCUUCAUCAAAGGUAAAUGAAAGAACCAUUUAUUUUGGGAAGCCAGAAUAUUUGUCAGGAGUCUUUGUUCAGGCAAUUGAGCAGACAAAGAAUUACAUUCAGAACUCGGUCUGUCUGGUAAUUCGUACGUCAAUAGAGCUGGAAAUAACCUAGCACUUACCAAUGCUCUUGUAAUGUAUGCGUCAUCGAAAUUCAUAUACCAAUACGUCCUCCUGUUUGCAAUGGCCUUACUUUAGGGAAGUGUAUUUUAGUUUAAAUAGCCAUAAGCCAGAUUCUUCUCAGCGUAGUUUUCUGUUUUGCCAAUGAGAGGAAUUUUUUGGAAUAAUAAGCAGUUUUGGCAAGAAUUGGAAAAGAAAUCCAUCUCUUUGGGCAGAGAAAGCUGCAUUGUUAGCUCCCAAGCAGCUCAGGAACAGGCAAGACAGGUUUUCUCUUGACAGAAAUCUCUGUCAAGAUACCAUUCCUUCACCUUGCUGUAGCCAUUUUACCCUUAUCCUGCUCCAUUGCCUAUAUCACCUCCCAAACCAAUGCAUUUAUACUGGCAAACAGGAUUGUAGACACAAUGUGUUAGCAAGCAGCAGGAUUAAAACAAAAAUAAACACUUACUAGACAAUGCUAUGACACUGAAGUGGAAAUUAACUUUAUUUUUGAAGUUGUUUGUUUAGUUAUGUAGUCCCAUAAGUUGUCUAAAUACUUAGUUAAAUAAAAUGAUGAAACUUACGAACAAAACUAGAAAGUUCCAUGGAAAAGCUUCAGGACCCAACUCCAAGGUGACCAACUGGUAGACCCUCUGAAUAAAUUGUUGAAUUGUGACUGACCUUUUUAUAAAUGCUAUUAAUUAAAUGUUAUUUAUUAGGAACAACAAAUCAGAUUUAGGCCUUGAGCUGCUUUUUAAACAGUUAACUGUUCUUCCCUAUGUUUUCAAUCUGUCUGUGAAGGAGUAACAAUCAGUGUGACAUCAAGCUUAUUGUUCCACCAACGGUUUCAAUAGCCAGCUUUUCAAAUUUUAUUUUUAGCUAUCUUGGGCCUUGCCAUUGAGUUGAGUUUUUUUAAUGCCCAUCUGCAUGUUUAAUCUUUUUGAUCAUGAAUAAAGAUGUUGAAUAAUACUGGGCCUCAGACAGAACCAUGCCGCACCCCACUGGUCACAUCUUUUCAGGAUGAAGAUGAACAAUUGGUGAGCACCCGUUUGGUCACUUAACCCAGGGGUUCUCAAACUUUUUCAGCCACGGAGCCCUUUUUGAAGCAAAGGUUUCUCGUAGAGUUCCAAUAAAUGUUUACAUAUUAUCGAUUAUAUUGUAUAUUAUGUAUAAUGUAUAUAUAUCAGGCAUGGGGAAACAUUUGGACACAGGGGCCACAUUGUCCCUGAGAGUUUGAGCCUCACUCAAGCAACUUGUAAAAUGCAUACUUCUUCAGGUAACAUAGUUGGCUAGAAAAUAGACAAACAGUUCAAAAACAGUUUUUGUUUGCUUAUUCCAGUUUACCAGAAGAAUUAUGUUGCAGUACAGUACAUGCACCUGCCAUAUGCUCCUAUUGUUGUCUUUCUGUAGUCACAAAUCUGAUGCCCGGUCAAUGUGCUAGACAAGGACCCAUAUUCCUCAAGCUACCCUAGUUGUGGAUUCCUGCAUGCCUGGAGAGCACAAAGUUAAACCUGCUCAGGGAGUUUAUUUACUUAGCAUAUAUUUGUUAAAGUGAUUAACAAAUAGAACUUAAUAGUUUAAGGAAUAAACACAAUAUUUCAGUACCUGCCUUACUCAGUUGUUUAAGCAGUUGUUCACCUUUAGCAACAGAGGAAGCAGAACUUGAAAUGUUGUAUUUAUCAAUUGAACAAUUAUGGUCUGUUGGCUGAUCACUUGUGUGUUUCUCUCUAAUAAACUAAAAUUGUAUUUACCUGA